UUUCGAGUUUCGACGACCACUCUCUCUCUCUCUUUUCCUCUUUGCAAAUCCUUGAAGAAAUCCAAAAUCCAUACCAAUGGCGACUUCAAUAACUCGAUUGUCUCGGAGAGGAGUUACUUCUAACCUGAUCCGUCGUUGCUUCGCUGCGGAAGCGGCGUUAGCGACGAAGACUGAGGUGCCUAAGCCGCAAUUGACGGUGUCGCCGUCGCCGGAUCGUGUGAAAUGGGACUACAGAGGCCAACGUCAGAUCAUUCCUCUGGGACAGUGGCUUCCGAAGGUAGCCGUUGAUGCUUACGUGGCGCCCAACGUUGUGCUGGCUGGUCAGGUCACAGUCUGGGACGGCUCGUCCGUCUGGAACGGUGCCGUUUUGCGCGGCGAUCUCAACAAAAUCAGUGUUGGAUUCUGCUCAAAUGUACAGGAACGGUGUGUUGUUCAUGCCGCCUGGUCGUCCCCAACAGGAUUACCAGCGGAGACAAUUAUCGACAGGUACGUGACAGUGGGCGCAUACAGUCUUCUAAGAUCAUGUACCAUCGAACCAGAGUGCAUCAUUGGCCAACACUCAAUACUAAUGGAAGGAUCUCUGGUCGAGACCCGGUCAAUCCUGGAAGCAGGUUCUGUUGUGCCACCAGGAAGAAGGAUCCCAUCAGGUGAACUAUGGGGAGGCAAUCCAGCAAGAUUCAUAAGAACCCUAACCAAUGAAGAAACACUAGAGAUCCCAAAACUCGCUGUAGCCAUCAACCACUUAAGCGGAGAUUACUUCUCUGAGUUCCUACCUUACUCAACCGUCUACUUAGAGGUAGAGAAGUUCAAGAAGUCCCUUGGGAUCGCAGUUUAGAAGCUUGUCUUUUUUGUGAUUCACUUUCAUGUGCUUAUCUAUCAUAUGAGGUCUCUCUCUCUCUCUGCAUAUUGCAAUAAGUAGCUGAAGAACAU